AAUUUUUUUUUUGUAAUUUCAGAAUAUCGAUUGAUUGAGAAAAUAGGUGAAGGUUCUUUUUCAAAUGUUUUAAAAUGUCAAAAUAUCAAGAAUGGUAAACAUUAUGCAUGUAAGCUAAUGAAGCAAACAUUUUAAAGCUAUGAGCAAGCAAAUAAUCUUAGAGAAAUUCAGUGUUUGCAAAGUCUCCAGCAUCAUGCAAAUAUUAUAGAUUUAAAGGAAAUAGUUUUCAAUAAAAAAAAUGGUGCUUUAGCUAUCAUCAUUGAGUUAAUGGAUACAAACCUAUAUGAAUUUAUGAAAAAUAAAAAAAAACUACUUUCAGAGUCUUUAUGUCAGUUAUACAUUUACCAAAUAUUAAAAGGUUUAGAUUACAUUCACAGAAACGGCAUUUUUCAUCGAGAUAUCAAACCUGAGAACAUUUUAAUUAAGAAUGAUACUGUGAAAAUUGCUGAUUUUGGAUCAUGUCAAAGUUUUAAUUCUACUCAGCCACAUACAGAAUAUAUAUCUACAAGAUGGUACCGUGCACCAGAAUGUUUACUUACAGAUGGAUGGUACACUUUCAAAAUGGACAUAUGGUCAGUAGGAUGUGUAUUUGCUGAAAUUCUUAGCAUGCAUCCUUUAUUUCCUGGUACAAAUGAAGUAGAUCAAAUCAAUCAAAUUCACAGUGUGUUAGGGUCACCUUCACCAGAGCUUCUUGCCAAAUUUAAAAAAUCAAAACAUAUGAGUUUUCAAUUUCCACCAAGUAUUGGCUGUGGUGUUAGUGUUAAACUGUAUACACUGUCAAGGAAAGCCAUUACUAUCAUUGAAUUACUCUGCAGAUAUGAUCCAGAUUUUAGACCAACAGCAAAAAUGGUUCUUAAACAUAAAUAUUUCAAUAUAUUAAGAGAGAAAGAGAAACAAGAGAAAGAAAGUUCAAACCCUUUGCAUUAUCAAUCUCCAAAAAGGAAAGAUAGAUCUGUGGAUAUUGGUUUACCUAGCAUUACUUUAUCACCUCUUGUAACGAAGAAAGCGUUACACAUUGAUCGAUCACCUGGCAUAAAGUGUAACACAUGCGAAACUCACAACUCAAUCUUUCCUUCUAUUUUAAACGAAAGAGAGGUAUUUAAGAUGCAGAAACUACAAAAAAGAGCAAUACAACAAACGAACUUCACAUUUCCUUCGUUAACCCAGUUUCAUCAUUUAAGAAAAUAUUGAUCGAAAUUCGAAAUUUAAGAAUACGGUGCUCCGUAAAUAAUAAUGUAU